AUGGACACACCCACGAACCCCACGGAGAAGGUGCCUCCUCCAGCCCUCAAGGCGACCAUUGGACCGAACCCAACGACCAAUCGCGGCGCUCCUAGUGUUUUGGGCGUGCACCCAAAAGAGCCCAAACUAAUCUACUGCAGUGGAAAGCUCGUGGUCGUCCGGAACUUGGAGGAUCCGACCGAGACGUUCGUGUACAAGGGCCACCACGAGCCAACGACAGUGGCCAAGUUCUCGCCGAACGGCUAUUGGGUCGCGUCCGGUGACGUGUCGGGCAAAGUGCGCGUGUGGUCGUACGACAAUCCGGAGCACACGCUCAAGGUGGAAGUCCCGGUCUUUGCUGGAGAAAUCAAGGACUUGUCAUGGGACCCUGAGAGCAAACGGAUCGUCGCAGUGGGCGACGGUCGUGGCUCCAUGGCGCGUGUGUUCACGUAUGACACGGGCAACAGCAUCGGCGAGAUUGUGGGUCAUCAAAAGCGGAUUUUGAGCGUGGAUUACCGUCCAACGCGUCCGUUUCGCAUCAUGACGGCCAGUGAGGACUUCAACGUGUGUGUGUAUGAAGGCCCGCCAUUCAAGUUCAAACAGAACAACAGCAACUUGCACGCGAACUUUGUCAACUGUGUGCGUUUCUCGCCCAAUGGCGACUUUGCCGUCAGUGUUGGCUCGGAUAAGCUCAUGUGCUUGUACGACGGCAACAGCGGCGAGAUGGUGGACAAGUUUCCAGCGGCGCACCAGGCCUCCAUCUACUCUGUGUGCUGGAGCCCUGAUGGCACGCAGUUGCUGACGUCGUCAGCCGAUAAGACGGUGCUGCUCUGGGACGUUGCUUCCCGCAGUGUCGUGACGAAGUUCACGUUUGGUGGCUCGAAGCCACAAGUGAAAGACAUGCAGGUGGCGGUGGCGUGGUGUCAGAACCACCUGGUCUCGCUCAGUCUGUCAGGCAACCUGAACUUCCUGGACCUGGACAACCCAUCGCAGCCAAAACAGACUGUGCAGGGCCACCAGGUGAGCAUUCUGUCGCUCGCCACGGUGCCAACGCAACAGCGGAUUCUCACGGGCAGCUACGACGGUGUUGUUUGCUCGUGGACGUCAAAAGCUGCCACAACUUUGGCAGGGGCUCACCAUACGGCAAAAAUCACGGGCAUUUCCGCCACGUCGAACCAAAUUGCUAGCUCAGGGUGGGACGACCAGCUGCGCUUUGCCAACGACAACGAGUACAUUGCCACCGAGGCACUAAAUGCGCAGCCGAAUGGCGUGGCGUUGACGGAGUCCUGCCUUGCUGUGGUCAGCACAAACAAGGGUGUGAAACUCUUGCGUGGCCAGAAGCUGGUCUUUGAGACGCCCGAGUUCUUGUGGACACCCACUUGCGUGGCGAUCUCGCCGUCGGAAGACCUUGUUGCAGUGGGGUCACAAGAGGACAUGAAGAUCCACCUGUUUGACGUCGUGAACGGGUCGUCGCUUGUCGAAAGUGGCGAGAUCGUGGGACACUUGGGUGCCCUGACGUCCGUGUCGUUCUCACCGGAUGGCUCGCUGCUUGCUGCGGGCGACACGUACCGUGAGGUGCGUGUGUGGGAUGUAGCUUCACGCUCAGCCAAGGUGCAGGGCAUGUGGGUUUAUCACUCGACGCGCGUGACUAGUGUGGCUUGGGCCCCGAGCGGUGACUUUGUGGCCAGUGGUUCACUGGAUGAACGUAUCUACAUUUGGGACGUGAACAGUCCCAUGAAGAAGCGCGUAUUCGACUUUUCGCACAAGGAUGGCGUGACGGGCGUGAGUUUCGUGUCCGAGACGGAGCUCGUGUCGGUUGGCAAUGACGCUUGCUUGAACUACUGGGACUUGUCUGCUUAA